AUGAUCAUCCACCACCACCCAACCCCUUCUGAUGGGGGUUCAGGCAAUCUUGCAGGCCCUCUAUACUGGCCCGUGUUCGUUGUGGCAGUAGCUGCUUCGAUCAUAGCUAGCCAGGCUAUGAUAACUGGAGCAUUCUCUAUCAUCUCCCAGUCUCUAAGUCUAGGGUGUUUUCCCAGAGUCAAAGUGGUGCAUACCUCUUCUAAGUACGAGGGUCAGGUCUACAUACCGGAAAUUAACUACUUGCUCAUGAUUGCUUGUGUCAUAGUCACUGCUGCCUUGAAGACCACAGAAAAUAUAUGCCACGCAUAUGGUAUCGCAGUGGUUACUGUAAUGGUGCUGACCACUUGUUUUGUAACUCUGAUAAUGCUAGUCAUAUGGAAGACAAGCAUAUGGCUAAUCGCUCUCUUCUUCGUGGUGUUUGGUUUCAUAGAGAUUAUGUAUAUGUCAUCUGUUUUUUACAAAUUCACCCAAGGUGGUUACAUUCCCCUGGUUUUUUCUUUGUUCCUAACUGUAGUCAUUGCUAUUUGGCACUACGUCCACAAGCAAAGAUACAUUUUUGAGCUCAAGAACAAGGUUUCUACUGACUACCUAAAAGAAUUGGCUGCCAAACCCAACAUAAGCCGUGUCCCAGGAAUGGGACUUCUGUACUCUGAACUUGUACAGGGCAUUCCUCCAAUCUUUACUCACUUCAUUAAUAACAUUCCCUCCAUUCACUCUGUUCUGGUCUUUGUCUCCAUCAAGAAUAUUCCCAUCAGCAAAGUUAUACCUGAAGAGAAGUUUCUCUUUCGGCAAGUAGAGCCAAGAGAGUAUCGCAUGUUCCGUUGUGUUGUUAGAUAUGGCUACAAUGACAUCAUUGGAGAACCUAAGGAGUUUGAGCUCCAAUUGGUGGAAAAUCUCAAGGAGUUCAUCCGGCAACAAAAUUUCCUCAUUGAAGCUACCACUGAUGAUGUUGAUACUACAACAACUGUUAUGCCUGAUACAUCUAGUACUGCUAUAGCGAGCAACAAGAAAACAAAAAGAGCAUCUACAUCAACAAUUCACAUUGAGGAAGGAUUGGGAGCAACGCCAUCAAUUGAUCGAGUUUCAAUGGCUUCCACCACACCAUCAUUUAAUAACAAGUCCUCAAACUCUUCAAGUCGAAUAGUGUCUGCACCCCUACGGGGAGCUGAGGAGGAGAUGCAGUUUGUGCGACAAGCAAUGGAUAAAGGAGUAGUUUAUCUCUUGGGAGAGGCAGAAGUGGUGGCUGCUCACAAAUCCUCAUUUCUAAAGAAAAUGGUAGUCAACUAUGGCUAUAGUUUCUUGAGAAAAAACAUCAGGCAAGGAGAGAAAGUCAUGUCAAUCCCUUCUACAAGGCUUCUCAGGGUUGGAAUGACAUAUGAGAUAUGAUCCCACUGCAAUUAUAUGGUAACUGUGUUUGGUGUGUGGAUGAAUAAGACUAAAGACUCUGAGUGAUUAAUUGAUUUCAGACAUAUAACUUAUACUUGCGCUUGCUAAUUAAUUAAAGACAUUCUACUUGAGCUUUGUUAUUUAAAGUGAAUUAAUGAAACAGAU